ACUCUCUUCUGAGGAAACGAAACUGAUCGGAGUCUCUCUGUCGUCUGUCUGUGUGACAGUGAACAACAAGUCCAAAUGGCUCAACAGGGAAUUCUGCUGGACCAGGACCAGUUCUGUUGUUCUGUCUGUCUGGAUCUACUGAAGGAGCCGGUCACUACUGCAUGUGGACACAGUUACUGUAGGAGCUGUAUUGAGGGCUGCUGGGAUCAGGAUGUCCUGAAAGGGGUCUAUAGCUGUCCUCAGUGCAGAGAGACCUUCACUCCAAGGCCUAAUCUGAGGAAAAAUAACAUGUUGGCUGAGCUGGUGGAGAAACUGAGGAAGACAGGACUCCAGGCUGCUCCCCCUCCUGCUCUGUGCUAUGCUGGACCUGGAGAUGUGCCGUGUGAUGUCUGCACUGGGACCAGAAAGCAGAAAGCCCUCAUGUCCUGUCUGGUGUGUCUGGCCUCUUACUGUGAGACUCACCUCCAACCUCACUAUGAAUCUCCUGCUUUGAAGAAGCACAAGCUGGUCAAAGCCACCGCACAACUACAGGAUAAGAUCUGCUCUCAUCAUGACAAACUGCUGGAGGUUUACUGUCGUACCGAUCAGCAGUGUAUCUGUCUGCUGUGUGUGAUGGAUGAACAUAAAGGCCAUGAUACAGUGUCAGCUGCAGCAGAGAGGACUGAGAAACAGAGGCAGCUGGGGAUGAGUCAGCAGAAGGUCCAGCAGAGAUUCCAGGAGAGAGAGAAGGAGCUGAAGGAGCUCCAACAGGCUGUGGAGUCUUUCAAGCUCUCUGCACAGUCAGCAGUGGAGGACAGUGAUCAGAUCUUUACUGAGCUGAUCCGCUCCAUUGAGAGAAGGAGCUCUGAGGUGAAGGAGCUGAUCAGAGCCCAAGAGGAGGCUCAAGUGAGUCAAGCUGAAGGACUCCUGGAGCAACUGAAGCAGGAGAUAGCUGAUCUGAGGAAGAGAAGCACUGAGCUGGAGCAGCUCUCACACACAGAGGAUCACAUCCAUUUCCUCCAGGUAACUAAACUGUCUUGUGAUAUGAAAUUAACUUCAUGUGAAACUAUUCAUCUCAAUCAUUAUGUUUCUCUCUCCAGUAUCAGUGUAUCUUCAGACUUACCCAGCAUCGUUGUCCGUCCUCUUCAGUACUUUGGAGAUGUGAGUAAGACUGUGUCUGAACUGAGAGAGAAACUAGAAGACUUCCUUAAAGGAGAAUGGACCAAGAUCUCCACUACAGUGAAUAUAGUGGAUGUUGUACUGCCUCCAGAGCCCAAGACCAGAGAACAGUUGUUACAAUAUUCCUGUCAGCUCACACUGGACCCAAACACAGCACACACACUCCUCUCUCUGUCUAAAGGGAACAGAAAGGUGACACGUACAGACCAAGUCCAACCAUAUCCUGACCAUCCAGACAGAUUCAACAACUACUACCAGGUUCUGUGUAGAGAGGGUCUGUCUGGACGCUGUUACUGGGAGGUGGAGUGGACUGGUGUUGUUGAUACAGCAGUCUCAUAUAAAGACAUCAGCAGAACAGGGACAGAUGGUAGAUUUGGAUUCAAUAACAAGUCCUGGAGUUUAAAGUGCUCUAGUGAUGGUUAUUGGUUCAGACACAAUAAUGUUGAGACUAAAGUAUCAGGCCCUCAGUCCUCCAGAGUAGGAGUGUACCUGGAUCACAAGGCAGGUACUCUGUCCUUCUACAGUGUCUCUGACACAAUGACCCUCCUCCACAGAGUCCAGACCACAUUCACUCAGCCCCUCUAUCCUGGGUUUUGGCUCUAUGGUUCUGCUGAGCUGGUUAAACUGUAAACUGAUUAGUUAUUAAUUAAAAUUCAAUCCAAUGUUUUAAUCUUGUCCAUUUCCAUGAAUCAUGAUGUCUGGUGUUGAUGUAUAUUGGUUGUCAUUCAGAACCAUUGAUAUGUUUUCUCACCUACUUUCUACUAAACUAUAUGGUCUGGUUUCCCAGACACAGAUGAAUCCUAGUCCUGGACUAAACAGUAUGUUCAAUGUAGAUGUCCAGGAAACCGGCCCUAAAUGUGUCAUCUUUCAUCCUCCCAUACUGCUCAGUCCAGCAACAUUAAACCUGUCCAGCAGGUGGUGCUGUUGACCAAACAAUAAAACCAGCAGAUAUCUUGACUUGCCACUCAGUAUAUCAGUCAUGUUCAGAAUAGUACUUUAAUAUCAUUGGAGAUUGAUGGUCUUUUUAAUCCACUAUCCAGAGUCAGGAACAGAUGAAGUUAGGUCUGCUACUGUUCAGUGAUUAAAUAGGAUUUAUGGUGAUGGGAAAUAAUAAAAAACACUCAACUUCA